ACAUUGGACCGAUCGGAGUGAGGGAACACACAAACAACGCACACCCGAGUGGUCGGACUCCUCACGCAUGCUGCGACUCAUCUAACGUCCUUCUACUGCUUGCCCUCCCUCCCCCUGGACCGAACCAAUAUUGUGCGGAGGAGUUUUUAAAUAUAAAUGAUGUUGAAUGAUAUUUUUCGCCUCUAGUUGCCUAUUGAACCGCCUUCGGUUAAUUAACUGUUUCGGUGCGAAACGGACCCGGUGUACGCGGCAGUUUUCUGAGUCUUUCCGUGUCUUUCGGUGCGUGCAGUUCGGUGUGUGACGUGUGUGUGCGGUCGUACGCGUAGUGCCUGCAGCCACCUGUGCCUUCACGUUUGCUGUCUUCCAGCGUACCUUUCCGUGCAAACCAGCGACACUAAACUACACACGGCGACAGAAUGGAUGAUGAGGAACAGAGAAUGCUGAUCAUGCGCAAAGCAUUCCAGAUGUUUGACACGCAGAAAACGGGCUUCAUCGAGACGAUCAAGAUCUCGACCAUCCUCAACACGAUGGGCCAGCUGUUCGACGAGGGCGAGCUGCAGGAUCUGAUCGACGAGGAGGACCCGGAAAGUACGGGGCGCGUUAACUUUGACGGGUUCGCGAACAUUGCCUCCAACUUCCUGCAGGAGGAGGAGGACGCGGAAGCGAUGCAGCAGGAGCUGAAGGAAGCCUUCCGGUUGUAUGACCGUGAGGGUAACGGCUACAUCACCACUAGCACGUUGAAGGAAAUUCUGAAGGCACUGGACGAUAAACUGUCCAACGAAGAUCUGGACGGCAUCAUCGGGGAAAUCGAUACGGACGGUUCCGGAACGGUAGAUUUCGAUGAGUUCAUGGAGAUGAUGACGGGCGAAUAAGCGGUACCGAUGACUCCCCAAUCCACUGUGUCAACCAUAACACGUACACACACACGCAUGCUAAUUUUCCAGUCACCAAGUACUUCUUCUUUCCAAUCUUCGGAAUCCCUGUGACAAACAGUCGGUCAACAGCAGGAAGCGAACAGUAGGAUGCCACCAGCGGACUAGUCAUUGCCACGAUGCACACACACACAGACACACAGACACACAUGCUGGAUGUGUUUUUGUUAGCUAUUAUUAAAUCACUCUCUGUGCCAUCUUCAACCGUCCCCCUGUUUUCGAUGGAUAUGCAAGUGUCUUCUUAUGUGUAAAAAUAAACCCAAAAAAACUCAUAAAAACAGUCCGGGAACAACAACGACCACACCGUGAUGCUUUCUUUUCGAAUUUGGAACUCGAGCGCCUUUAAUAAGAGAGCUUUAUGUAUUCAUCAAACUCCGUUAUUAACCCGAUCAAAACAUCUGCACAACAGGAGGAGGAAAGAG